AUGUAUCACUGCGUUCGCAUUAGGAUUCAUGCAUACUCGCGUGCUUUCACGGGCUUCAUGCACAAGCAGCGACCUCAAUCCACCUCUACCGCGCCCCAGGAGAGAGCCCAGCCCUGGAAGGCCAUGCAGGAAGUCCAGAACCUGUUCAAGCCCGAGGUGCCCGCCGCUGCUGAGACCGCCGACAAGGCCGAAGAAGAAGAGCCCUUGAAGCUCAACUUGCUCCGGGCUCAAUUCAACUCCGCCAGAUCCAACAUUGCCAAUGUGGAGGAGAAGCACUAAACUGUGUCGUCUUACUUGGAAAUGGAGGAAGGAAGGAUGCUAGGGAGAAAGGUCUGGCCGGAUCUAUGUGCCAUCCCUUUGUUAUAUAAGAAUACUAGCUUGC